CUUUGUCAACUGUCAACUGUCAACUGUCAUCUACAAAGUUGAAAGUACAUUUGUAUUUAUCAAAAUUCGUUUUCAUAUUUUAAUUGUACUAAAAGAAGUUCCAAGUGCUUGUUCGUUUGAAAUGAUAUCUUAAAUGGUAUUACAAAUAAACAAAACGAUUUUACAGUUAAAUUUCCAACAAUAAACUAAAGUUAAAAAGUGUUUACCAACCUGUAAAUAGCGUGAUCAAUAAGUUUAGUGAUCUAACGUAUCCAAUUACUAGGAUAUUUCUAGAAUAACAAAUAACAAUGAGUUCAGCUCCGAGCGGCACUAAUAAUUUUAAAGUGGUUUUACUGGGAGAAGGAUGCGUUGGGAAAACAUCAAUCCUGCUCCGAUAUAUCGAAGACAAGUUUAACGAUAAACAUUUGACAACAUUGCAGGCAACAUUUCUGAACAAAAAACUCAAUAUAAAUGGAAAAAGAAUUAAUCUAUCAAUUUGGGACACGGCUGGUCAAGAAAAAUUCCAUGCACUAGGACCUAUUUAUUACCGCAAUUCCAACGGUGCUAUACUUGUUUAUGAUAUCACUGACGAGGAUUCUUUUGGAAAGGUUAAAAAUUGGGUGAAGGAAUUAAAAAAGAUGCUCGGAUCUGAUAUUGUCCUGGUUAUUGCCGGUAAUAAAAUUGAUUUGGAACAUGAGCGAAUGGUGCCCUUAGAUGAAGCUGAGAGUUAUGCAGAAAUGGUUGGUGCCAAACAUUUCUACACAUCUGCUAAACUUAAUCAAGGCGUGGAGGAACUAUUUUUAGAAUUAACUCGAGAGAUGGCAGAACGAUUCGAAAAGAACUCCCAAACUGAUAACAAUAAGUCGGCGAGGGUACUCGUAGUCGACGAAGACACCCCGACGCAGUCCUCAUGCUGCUCAGGUAACAGGAGUAAUUAAAGCGGGAACAUUUUGUAAUUUUCAAUUCCAACGAAUUCGACUAAAUGAUGGCAUGACACCGUCAAAUCAAUCCAAUUUUGAGAGUUUAUUUCUGUUAUAGUAUUGUUCUAUUAUGUAUUUUCGGGGCAAAAAAUGUUCUAAUAAAAGAAUACUUUGCUGACUAUUAACUGCACUGUAUGAUAUCACUGUUUAAGAAAUAUGUUAAACAUACGUAAAAAAAUAAUUGUACGAAUCCACAUUUUGAAAUAAAUAUCUGACUGUUAAUAUAUAACUCUAGACUGACCAAAAAAAUAAUUAAAAUACCCAUUUCACUAAAAAAGAACUAUAAUGCUAUAUAUAUAAUGCUAUGUAUAUGAGCUUGGCAAGUUCGUUGAUGACACUCCAUGGUAUGCAGGCGACGAGGGACUUAUGGCAGGGGUGUGAUCUUGUGCUCCAGAAGUCAAGUGCAUUAGUCGUGGACAGUCAUUGUCGACGAACACUCGUAUUAAAUGACCUGCGGCUGUCAGAUCAAAACACACAAGAUAUUCAUAUUCGAAAAUGAGUCCUACGACCUGCUAUUGGUUGUCCAGACAACCAAAUGAAAAAGUAUACGUUCACACGACAGCGUUCUUAAAACACGACGCUUUUUUAUCGAGUAGUGUUGCAUUUUUAAUUUUGGGCGUUGGAAAUAGACCACGAAUUAAAUUAAGAACGUUAUAAAAGCGCUAACGCUGCGUUUUUAACGUAACGCUUUUUUAAAUCUCGUGCGAAUGCGGCCUUAUGUGUAGCGGCCAACUUUUUUUCUGUCAUUGAUACCUAACCCGCGGAUUGUGGUACGUCUGAAUUUGCCAAAUUUUAUCAUAUUAGCAUAAAAAUACGUGUAAUGCUUCCAUUCGAGGUAAUUUUUAUAUUUUUGGUCGGGAUACAAAAUUAAUUUUAACAAUAAUUUAGCUUAAUUAAUACUUGGACUUUCAUGUUAAAAUUAUAUCUAAAAUAUACCCUAGUAAAUAACCAAUGUUAAUUUGUUUGUAAAUAUUUUUAGGCAUAUAUUAUACACAUAUUGUAGUCUGUUAUUUAUUAAUUAAAAUUGAGUUUCUCGACCUCUCGGUACAGAAGACCAUAUUUAUUUGUGUUCUCGCUCUGCAGGAAAUUCUAGAGCUUCGUGUUUUGAUAAUAUUCUCUCAUAAUCUUUGUCCUCGCUCCUGGGCAAAGAGUUUUGGAAAUAAGAUGCCACCCUGUCGUCCUCUUUGUAUAUUUUCAGAAGCAUUUAAUAUGACAGGCAUUGUUUGCCCGCAAGCUCACUAUCCAUUUCGGAUAGUGUGAUUGCGGCUUGUUGGGUGAAUUUACAACGUUUGACGUUGAAAUUUCGCCCAACAUUGUGCUACAGAUUGACAUGUUUGCUGGUGAAGUUGCAAGUUGGCCCUAAUACUGUGCAACGGCGUAAGUGCGUACUACUCACGCCGAUCUUCUUUAGCUUGCUAGCAGUUUAGCCAUUUUCUUAACUGGCGCUCCUUUUUUCCGUAGCAGUAGCAUCUUUCUUGCCAAUUUUUCAAGUCCACCUUUAUUUUUGUUUAUUUAUUAAGUCUGCUAUCGACUUUUACAUAUACAAAGAAAUCAACGUAUUAAAGCAAACAUUGCUUGCAAAACCUCUUUCAUCCAAUAAUGUAACAAAACAGUUUAAUUAUAAAUCUAAUGUACCCUAAUUAAUAGCAAAAAAAAAUGAAAUAUGUAAUACCUUCGUUGCUUCUGAGGGUGACGGAUUAGUCUCGGAUUGCGUACUCCCUGCAGGAUUAAUGUUCAUUACCCGACUGCGUCAGGUACUAUUUUUCGAGCGUAUGUAACGACGAAUCACGUUAGCUAGUCUAUGCGCUGCGUUGAAUAAAUAUACCAAUGUUGUAAAUGCAUUUCAAAUAACCCAUUUUGUGUGUUUUUUUUAUGCUGGACAAAGGCUAGUUCUACCUAAUUCUUUUACCAUCGUUGCAAGUUCGCUCCAACAUUGUCCGAAAAUUGACAUGUUCGCUGGUGACAAACGAAAAUUAAUGGUUCUUUUGUCACUACUUUUAGCAGACUCAGAGGCGAUUACAAAAAUAAAAAAACUAAUAUCGAACAAAGGUUAUGAUUCACAACAUUUGUCAGGACAAAUUAAUUAACAAAUCAAAUCAAAAUAAGACCCUAGAAUGGCAGAGAAUGACUUUGAGUGAAGUCACGUACUUGCGAACGAUGUGUGUAGGGUUUAAGGAUCCUUUGACUGCUAACAAACACUCCCCUUUUCCACUCAAGUCACUCUCCCCGCCUAUUUCAAGUAACCCAUAAAGAAUUACACAAUAAGAGAUGUGGACGGCUCGAACGCCACGAGCACACUGAAGCCGUCCGUACCGCAAGUUGUUGCAACGCGGCGAUAACACUACUACUACUCGUGCCGGCCGUCUUUAGCUGCGACGAUAUCUUGGGUUGAUUGCUUUUGCCAUUUUCUUAAUAAUAAUCUAACACUUACCGUUAGAUAUUUUCGCAGUACCUACUACAUUUUUCUUACCCCUUCUUUCCAUUUCCUUCAUUUAUUUCAAGGAUGACGGAAUGAUCUCGGUUUGCGGACUCCCUGCAAUACUACCGUAUACCGUGUCUCCGGCCGGAUUUUAAUUUCUUUGGCACCCGUUCGCUUCACAAACAUUACACGUCAGAUUCGCACCUAGACUUGUAUAUCAAAGUCAAAGUCAAAAUUCAUUUAUUUCAAAUAGGCUUAUUUUACAAGCUCUUUCGAAACGUCAGGUAAUAAUAUUAAACUUAAGAUAAUGGUGAUAAUAAUUAUUCGAAAACUUAAAAUGCAAAAAAGCAUCUAAAUGUAUGUUUGUAAAGUAUUUAAAAAUGUU